AUGUCUUCUUCAGAUGAUACAUCAUCAGAUUAUGAUGAUUAUGAUGAUUAUGAAUUAGAUGAAGAUGAUACAGAGAAAGAACCAUCAAAAUGGAAUAAUGUUCGAGAUGGUUGGCAAGAAUUUUUAGAAGAUGAAACAGCAUUCUUUGUUUCUCAAGAGGAUCAAAGUAAACAAAGUGGUGAUAUUCAAAUUGAUGAUUCAAAUAAAUUUUAUGAUCCAUUAGGUAUUUUAAAAUUACCACCUAGAAAAGCUGCAAGUGUUAAAAAGGAAUUAUUAUCACUUGAAUCAGAAUCAUUUAGUCCAGUUACAUUUUUAUCAGAGAUUCAUUCACAAACAAAUUUUACAGAGUUAUCAAUUGGUGUUAAAAAAUUAAAAGAAGAAUCAACAUCAAAAGCAAAAGAAAUUAAAUACCUUGUAAAAGAGAAUUUCGAACAUUUUGUAAAAUGUAAAGAUACUGUUGAUGAAGUUUAUAAUUUAAUUUCAAAUUCAAAAAUGUUAGAAGAUAUGAGUGGUUCGUUUAUAAAAAUUAUAAAUAAAUCAUCAACAGUUUAUGAUCCUUUAUUAAGUAAUAAAAAAAAAGCUGAUGAAAUUAGAAAAGUUUUAACAUUAUUAAAUAAAUAUAAGGUAAUUUUUAAAUUACCAGGUAAAAUACAAGAGAAUAUUAAACAAAAUGAAUAUGAAAAAGCUGUACACAAUUAUAAGAAUGCAAAAACCUUAAUUACAUCAAGUCAAAAGAAAGAAUUUCAAAAGAUUCUAUUAGAUAUUGAAAAGAUUGCAGAAGAUUUUAGAAUUCAAUUAUUUCAUGCAUUGGCUGAUCCUUCAACUAAACUUGAACAAUUAAAGAAAUCAAUUAAAACUUUAAUGGAAAUUGGUAAUGGUAAAGGUGAUUUCUCUCAAAUUGGUGAUCCAUGUUGGUACUUUUUAUCAACACGUUAUAAUGCAAUAACAUUAUUAAUUAAACAAUGUUCUGAAGAUAAUACAUUACCAAAUUAUAAAAUUAUUAGAAAAUUAUCAAUAUUAUUAUUAUCAAAUGUACCAAAUUUAUUUAAGAUGGGAGUUUAUUAUAUUGAAGGUAAAUUUGAAGAUAAUAAAGAAUAUUUAAGAUAUAAACAACAACAACAAAUUCAAUUACAACAACAACAACAAUUGAUACAACAACAACAACAAUUACAACAACAGCAACAACAACAACAGUCUGGUAAAACAAAAGAUUCAAAAUCUGUAAAUGUUGUAGUUUAUUAUUUAGAUGAAACUUUCUCAAGUUAUAGAAUGGAUCAAGAGAAAAAAGUUAAAGAUUUAAUUGAACUUUGUAGAAAAAGAUUCAUUGAAGAGGAAGAUGACGAGUUUUGUCUAUACAAAUUAUCGGAAAAGAAAAUUAAAUCUGAAGAUAAAUCAACCACAACUACAAAUAUAAAAUUAUUAGAGUUGUCACAUGAUGAAUCACCCUUUAAAUUACAAAAGAAAUGGGCUGAUAAAAAUAGUAGUACUAAAAAUCAUAGAUUCCUAUUCAAAAGAAAGAAUGAAGAAUUCACAGUAAACAAUUCAAAAGCAGGUAAUGGUACAUCGAUCUAUGAUAAAGAAGCAAAUAUCACUCAAAUCGAUUUGAAUGCAUCUUAUAAAACUCAUAAAAAACAAAAUUCUGCUGCAACCUCUGCAAUGAAUGAAGAGAAAUUUAAACAAUUGAUUAUAAACAUUAUGGAAUUAUAUUCAUCAAAAGUUGAACAAUUAUUUUUCGAUCAAAAUCAAGAAGAUUUCCCUGAAGAUAGCGAUGAUGAAGAAGAGAAUUUAUUUGAUCAAAUUAUUAGUACAACAUCAGUAAAUGAAGAUGGUAAUCAUCAUCAUGGUGGUGGUGGUGGUGGUGGUGGUGGCGGUGGUGAUACAAUUAAUUCAUCAGAUUUAUCAAUUCAUAUGGUUGAAAAUGUUAAUGAAGUUAUUAAAUGCCAAGAAAUGUUACAAGGUAUUGGUAUGCCAGAACUUUAUUUAUCAUCAAUUAAUUCAUUGACAGAAUCAUUGAUUCUUCAUUUCAUUAGACAAAUUUGUUCUGAAAUGGUUGCAGAAGUUUCAUUUCUUUAUCUAUUAGAAGAUUGGACAAUUAAUGAAUCAAGUGAAGAUGCAUUAGCAAGUGGUAAUCAAGUCGAUGGUAUGAUUACAACUCGUUUAAUGGGUGAAUUUGUUAAUACAAUCAAAGUUAAUUUAGCAAAACUUUCAUUCCUUAGUAAUAAACCAAUGUUAUUACCAUCGGUUGAAUCUGCACUUUGUGAAGCAAUCGAAAGUUUUGGUGAUUGUUUACAUCAUUUAGCUUUCAAUAAUGAAUCAAUUCAAUCAACCAUUGAAGAUAGUUUAAAUCAAAUGAGUAAUGAUGAAAAAGCUGAAAAUGAAUUAAAUGGUAUAAUACCAAAAAUUGAUAUUUCUUCACCACAACAACAACAACAACAAACUCAAAAUCAAAGUCAACAAGGUCAAGUUCAACAAGGAGAGAAUCAACAACAACAAACAUCAUCAUAUAUGACAACUGAAUUUAAUUCAUCAGAGAAAUUAUUAUUAACACUUUCAAAUUGUUCAACUGUUGUAUCAAAAACAGCAGUACAAUUACGUGGUUUUUAUGUUGGAUUAUUUCAUCAACCAAUGGGAAGUUAUUUGAAAAAGGUAAUUGAAAAACUUGGUGUAUUGGAAAGAUUGAUUUUAGAACGUUAUGUAAAUGAAAAGAAUUUAAUGAUUGGUGAAUUCAUUACUCGUGGUGUUUUAUUCUCUGGAAGUACUUGGUUGGUUAAUAGUCAACCAACUAAAGUUAGUUCAUUCAUUUUAACAAUUCUAACUAAAAUGGUAUUCAUUCAUCAUGAAAUCAUGAAAACCAUCAAUAGUAUCGAUAUUUCAUUUGGUGUAAUUCAACGUAUUUUCGAAUUUCUUUUAAUUUCAUUACGUCAUAAUUUCAGUUUAGUAGAUCCAUUAUUCAUUUCAAAUGAAGGCAAAUCUCAAUUCCUUUUAGAUAUUUUAUUCAUUGAAAAUGUUUUAGAAAGCUAUGGUAAUGAAAAAACUGUAAAAUUAUCUUCUUUUAUUCGUAAAGAUUUAUUAUUUUUAAAUCCAAUUCAACAACAACAACAACAACAACCAACUCAAUCAAUUUCUCAUCAACAUCAACAACAAUCAUCAACUUCAAGAUUUUAUUCAACUCUAAAUUAUGGUGGUGGUAGUGGUUUUAAUAUAAAUGCUACAACUGCUAAUUUAGAUCCAAUUUUAAAAAGGAAUAUCGAAAAAACUUCUUUAUUAUUUUCUUGUUUUAAAAUUUAA